AUGACGCGCGACGAAGCGCUACAGAUACUAGGGUUGACGGGAGACGCAACGCGCGAAGAAAUUGUCGAAGCGCACCGAAUUUUGAUGCAAAGAAACCACCCGGAUAGAGGCGGCUCAACCUGGCUUGCAGCCCGAAUUAAUCGAGCGAAAGACAUAUUGUUGUCGUGA